ACAAUAUUGUACAGAGAAAUAGGAAAACAACACAAACGAACAUAAGUUUUUCUGUUAGUAAUAAAAUAAUUCAAAAUCCCUUCCGAUCGCCGGCCGCCGGGUCGCCGCAUUGCCGCCGGCACGUUCGUCUCUCCGGGAUCUCCUCUCUAUCGAUGCGCGCAUAGGAGAGCUGUAGGUUUACGCACAGAAUCAACAUUUGAAUCGAUUGAGAGCUAUAGAGAGAGAGAGGAAGCGCGGGGGAGGAAUCGGAAGGUGGAACGGAACGAUGAUUACGAGAUCGAAGCUAGCAGAGCAGCUGAGAGAGUAUCAGAUUAGAUCGAAGCACGAUUGGGCAUCCGUCUCUUUCUUCUCUUCUACCUCUAACUUAACAUCCUCAAGGGUGGAUGUUGUCAUCUUUGUGAUAUGGGAACUAGUUAUUUUAGCUUUCCUGGUUUUCUCUGCCGUAUCACUGUACUUCAGGCAUCUAAAGCUUGCUUUUAUUUUAGUAUGUGUGACCUUGCUAUUGCUUUUAUGCAUGAAAAUAGCAAAGCAAGUAAGAUCAGCGCGGAAAAAGAAGCGAAGGAUGCUUCUCCCAUUAUCCAUGUAGAGAGGUGUAGGAUGCAAGAACUAUUUUACAACGGGGGACAAACUCUUUUUCCUGUAAAUUAAGAGAAAUAUCUUACUGCUAGUUUGAUGUUCCUUUGGUGCUUUUUUUGUUUCCUUAAUACGCAAUGGAAUUAGAGGCAAGCUGAUCAAAUGUUUUGGGAUAUAAUUUAACAAUAGAGCUAUCUCUCCCACUCCUAUUACAGCA